AUGUAGGAAUAAUAAAUUGUUGCAGGAAUGAGUUUAGAAGAUUAAAAACGAUUAGAUGAUUUAUUUAAUCAAGUAAUAUGCAAAGCAGAGAGCAAUAAUAUGAAAUUUAAUGAGUUCUUGACCUUCUUAUUAGAAAGAGAAUUGAUAACUGCAAAGUUCAAUUUUGAUUUCUACUUGAAUUUAUAUUAAGAAUACUUUGCCUUAGAAGAAAUAGUCUAAAAAGUUACUUAAGCUCCAAAAAAAGGAGUUAAAGAACCAAUAAAUAUAAUAAAGGAUGAUACACCAAAAUUUAGCAGAACUAAAUUCUUGAGAAUGAUAGAUGCCUUAGGUAAAGCAUUACAUUAAGGAUAAAAGAAAUAUUUAGAUCUUAUCCUUAAAGAUAUUUUCAUAGAUAAUAAAAAAAAAACAUAAAUCAGAAUGUUGAUACUUGAUGAUCCAAAUCGUAAAUUAUUACAUGAAUAAGUUAUUAAGACUAUAAUUACAUAUUAAGAAGAUAUUCAAGCUUUGUUUACUAUGUAUUUACCUGAAAAUUAUUAUAAAAAUGAACUCAUGUUAACUUGGAAAGAAAUUAAAUUGAUGAAUCUCAGAAUUCCAAUAUUUUCAUUUAUAUAAAUGUUAUAAGAUAUGAACAUUCAUCCUGUUCAUUAUAAUUAUGAAAAUAUUGAGGAUAUUUGUAUGAGAAUUAUACCUGCAAUUACACCAAAAGAAAAUUAAUUUUAUUAAUCUAAUGUGAUAUAAUAAAUAUGUGAAACAAUUAAUAGUGGUAGAUUUAAACCAUAACAUUAUUCUGGAGAUCCUAAGAUUUCAUAUUUAGAAUUCUAAUUCUUAAUAUGUAAAAUGGCUGCUGAUAUUUCAAACAGAGAAGUUUAAUAAGAUUCAAAGAAAGAAAUAUCACCUUUGAUUAUAAAAUUCUUUACAAAAAUGAUUGAAUUAUAAAAAAAUGGAAAUAGGGUUCAUGAAGAUAAAUCAAAACAUUUGUCUUUAAUUAAAAAAUAUUAUGAAAUGUUAGAUAAAACAGAUGAUUUUAUUUAAGAAUAAAUUAAUCCUUAAUCUGAAGAAUAAGAUAUGAAAUAAUAAAAUUAUUUAUUUCUUACUCGUAAACCAGAUCAAUUAGAUAUUAAAGAAAUUUGGUAAUUUUUUUAAUAAGAUUUACCACCUUUUCCAGAAUUAAAAUCUUAGGUUGAUUUGGCUUAAGAUUUUAUUAAAGCAAUUAAAGAAAAAGAAAAAAGAGAAGAAUUAGCUAAAAAAUUAGAAGAAGAUAAAAAAAACAAGAAUAAACCUUAACCUAAAUAAUAAUUAAAAAAAGGAGAAUAACCAAUGAAAUAUUGUAUUGAUUAAUUAUUAAUAUUUUAGAAUGGGAACCUUUAGUAUAACCACCAAGAAUAUGUACUUAUCAAUAUUUUAUUGAUUUUGUAAAAAAAACUAAGUAAACUAAUCCACUUAGAGAUUUAAAUGAAUUAAGCACGUUAAGUCAUAUAACAGUUGCUCCAGUUAUGUUACCAGAAUGUCUUUAUCCACAUGAUCCUCCUUAAUAGGUAAGAACAAUGGUAGAAGCUUCAUUGAUGUCAUUUACAUAAUAAAAUUAUUUCUUAGCAAUGCAAAAUUUAAAUUAAGCACAAGAAUUAUGGUAGUCUUUAACAGAAUUACAUGAUUCUGAAAUGGUAUUUUUCGAAUAUUUUGGUGGAUAGAUAUAUGAGAUAGCAGGAUAAGAUGAAGCAGCUUUGAAUAAGUUUCUUAGAGUAAAAUUUCAUACAGAUAAAUUAUAAGCAGAUCAUCCAGAUAAAGCAUUGUAUAAAAUAAUUUAUAUACUUUAGACCUUAUUGUGGUAUUGGUUCAGUAUUAUAUCAUAUGUAAGAAUAUGAAUUGGCUGUAAGAGCAUUUAUGAAAGCAAGAAUGAUAAGAGAAAGUUCAAUAGGUGAUGAGAAUAUUGAGAAUGCAAUAACAUUUAAUAAUUUAGGAUGUGCUUUGCAUUAGAAUGGUAAUUUAUUUGCAGCCGAAAAUUGUUAUAUGUUUGCUAUUACUUUAUUAGAUAUUCAUUUAGGAACUAUGCAUGCUAUGACAAUGAAUGUAAAUAUAAAUUUUGAUUUUUAAAGGUAAAACGAAAUCUAUAAAAGCUUAAAGCAAAUAAAUAUUGUAAAUAAUGA